AAAAAGACAACGGACUAAGAUGGCGUCUGUCGUCUCCGCUGUUAAGAUAUGUCGUUGUACAUUUGAACAACCACGCAUUUAGUCGUGUUAACAUUAAACCUAUGAGUUUCCGAGGACGACAGUCAGCAGUGAAAGGAAACAUCCAGCUUGUUUAUUCUAGCUACCUUCCAUCAUGUCUCAGAACUAUAGAAGACUUCAACCACCAGCUGGAGACUUCCAGCCUGAUCUUGGAACCCACACUUCGUCUGACCACCGACCCUCAAGAGACUACAGUUUUUACAGGGAACCGCUGAAGCCAUCUUCUCAUUUGUCUUCAUCCUCCUCUUACCCAUUACCUUCAUCUUCCAGAGCCUCUGUGGAGCCUUCUUACUCUAUACAAAGGUCAGCGAGUGAUCUCAGCAUCCUCAGCAGCUGUGGGCUUGAACCCAGUGACCUCUCUCUAUUGGCUGAGCUUCCUGAGGAUGCCCUCACCCUCGAGUCCCUACCACAACUACUUAAAGAGAUCAAAGACAAGAAGGAAAAGGAAAAGCAUUACUCUUCAACUCAAUCCUCCUCUCAUCUUCCUGGUCCAUCUCACCCACCUGCUGCGAGCUGCUCCAGUGAUUGGGAACGAAUUCGAAACCAGCCUGUGCAGUAUCCGCUAGCACAUGCCUACGUAACGCCCAAGCCCCUUCCACCUGAGCAAGUUCAGGAUUGGCAGGACCGCUGGGGGAACCCUCGGCAGACUGGCUUCAUCACCUACCAAGCCCUCUCUAGCACAGAGGCGCCACCACCACCACCAUCAUCAUCAUCAUCGUCCAGCUACAAAGUGGACUAUGACCAUCAGGAGAGGCCCACUGAGCAUGGUAAGAAAAGGACAAACAGUAGCCCCAUAUCCGGGUACAGCAGAUCUUCCCACAGCUCCAGGUCUGCGGGGGACAGAGGCAGAAAUCCCCCAUCUCUUGCUCCUAAGCCUGGGUCAGUUGAUUACCGGUCGGCGCGUCCUGCUAAAGACCACCGCUCUGAAGGUCAGGUGGAUCAUUGUGAGCCAGAUGCUUCCCGCACCAGCAGCAAAAGAAGGCUCAGCACCAACGUCCAGUUGCCGUCCUUGAAAGCGGCACUUGACUUCCUCGGCACGACGCCAGUAACAUACCCGUACUCAUGCGCAUUGUGCGAUAUAACUGCUCUCUCAGAGAAGUUUUGGAUUAAACAUAUCAAUGGGACUCAGCAUGCAGAUGGACAGCUCAACCUGCUCCAACGCUAUCCUGAUUGGGACUGUCGUCUGGAGACCAUUAAGAGGGGGAAUGAGGAGCCAGAGAAGCUACAGGAUGAAGGAACAUCAUCUAUGUGCCCCCAGGAAACCAAGAAAGGCCGAUACCAACAACCAAAUAAAAGCGGCCCUAAAAAGCCUACUGCGAACAGCAAAGUGGUUUGUGUGAAGUUUUCAGCUCAGACUCUUGAUGAGAAGUUUCUGAAGUCAUUGAUUGAACCAUUUGGGAAAAUGGUAAAAGUCAUCAUGUUUCCUUCUUUGGCGUAUGUGGAGAUGGGCUCCAGCGACCAAGCUAAGGACCUGGUGACGUACUACAGCAGCAAUCCUGUCUCUGUGAAAGGAGAAGAGGUUGUCGUCUUCAUCGCCUCGACCUUUAACUUCCUCCAGAGUUCUCAGGUGCUGAGAUUCACUCCGGCCCCUACAGGAAAGGACGGCCAGUCUGACCUCAUCAGCAUCACCAAGCGCUUCGGCUUGCCGCUCUACACUCUCUUCCUGCCAUCUCAGGCUUUUGUAGAGAUGAAAAAUGAAGCAGACGCUCAGAAGCUGGUCGACUACUAUUCAUCCAACACGCUGAGAAUGAACGGACAAGUUAUAAAGGUGGCCUUCUCUGCAGAAUACAACAGUCUCAUGCGUGUGUCAUUAGCAAAGAAAUACCAAGAGGAAAGCUCCACGAGAAAGAGGUCAAAGAGCCGCAGCCCACAGAGCGAAAGAAAAGACAGCAGGCAGUACAAGAGGAGGAGGAGCAGAGAGAGGGAGGAGAAGGAUAAGGAGAUAAAGAGGGAGAAUGAGAGGAGGACCAGGUCGAGUUCCAGUAGCAGAACUUCCAGGAGUGGACGCUCUCGCUCCAGGGAGGGCAGGUAUCUGGAGAAGACUGCCACGCCAGAGACAAUACAGCCAACCAAGAGACAGUCUGAGACCAGUGAGCCAGCUCCUUCCAACCCCUCCAAACCUGGGGCCCGCCUCAACACAGCACCCAGAGAGGAGGCAGAGGAAACCGCCGACUUGUCGGGGGAAGAGAGCGACAUUGAGGGAAUGGAGGUGAUUGGAGAAGAUGGCGAGAAUUUGAUGGACGAUGAGGUGGAGGCACUGGACGAGACCGAGGGAGAGGAGGAGAGGGCGGCGGACGUAGAGGAGGAGAGGUCGAAGGAUGAGGAGGGGAGGUCAGGGGAUGAACAGGGCAGGUUGGCGGAUGAAGAGGAGGAGAAGGCGGACGUUGCCGAUGUAGCUGAAAAAGACGAGGAGGAAAAGGUGAAGCAGAAAGACGAGGGUGAGGAGGGUAUGGAGUUGGGAGAUGUGAUGCAGGAGGAGAAGGAGGUGGAGGAGCAAGCGAGGAGUGCGGAGGCUCCAGAGCAGAAGGUGACCCCCGAACUGGUGACGGACAUCCCUUCAGUCAACGGGCCAGAGCUACAAGGCAGCGCUGGGAUGGCGCCGCCGCAGGAGGAUGAGAGCGAGAUAAAUGAAGCACCUGAUUUCCCAUUAGACCUGGAGAACUGCAUCACUUUGGAUGAGAUCAGAGAUGAAGAGUCUGAUGACCAAGAUCAAAAAGAUGACGUAGAUGAGCCCGAGGUGAGUCGAGAGGGGGACGCCGAAGAAUACCAUUCUUCCUCCACCAGAGUGAUCUCCCUAACAAACCUUCCCCAAAUGGUCUACACCGACAACGAGUUUAUAAAGAUUGUCAAGGGCUUUGGGACGGUCACGCGCUACCUACUUAUCCAGAAGCAUGGAGAGGGCUUCCUUGAGAUGUCCAGUUCUGCCGAGGCCAGCAGAGCUGCCCAGGAGCUCACCUCCAAGGCCUUCGAGUUUCACGGCUCCGUCUUGACCGUCCAGCUUUCCGACAAAUAUGAGAGGCUGACAGACGGGACGACGGUGCAGUCAGACGUGUCAUCGGAUGAGGACAGGGAGGAGCACAGAACCAGCGGGAGCAGGAGUAGCGGGCAGUCAAACGCCUCUGAGAGCGAGGACUGUGUUAACCAGAGCACGGCGAAGGAGGAGAGUGCGACUGCAGACUCAGCGGAGGAUGCAGAAGCCAGGGAGAACCAGGCAUGUGACUUGGUAGAGGUUCAGCCCAGCCCUGCGGAGAGCAUCGUGGAGCCCAUGAAACCCACAAAACCCGUCGGAGCCGAGUUUGUCCGACCGGUGGUGGGCUACUUUUGCAACCUGUGUAAGGUCAUCUACGCCGACGAGGACGAAGCCAAGACAGAGCACUGUAGCUCCCUCUCCCACUACCAGAAAUACAAGGAACACACAGGGAAGGACCCAUUGGCCAGCUGAACCCCGCCAACCCGUCUGUGUCUCUUAAGACUGUCCUCAAAUACAAUUUUUUGGGCUCCGAAGCUUCGGUAGUGAUCAGCAGGGAAUAUCGGGAGCCGGGGGGGUGGGGGGUGACUGAAGAAGGAAUCGGCGACGGCAUAGCAGUGCAACACGUCUGUCAGUUUAGUUAGAGAUAUUAAUUGUUAAGGAUCCUCUUAUUCUAGUGUUGUUACGUUAAUAAAAAAUGUAUC